AUGGGUCAAAAUAUGAAUUUGCGCUUCGCAUUCUCGAACUCUGCCUCGCUCUGCUCAUCUCUCCUGGACCCUCCCCGCCUUCCCUUCGCUCUCUCUCUCCUCCUCCUCCGCCAAUUCUCUCUCUUCCUCUCCAGCCCUCUCUUCGUCUUCUUCCUCUCCAACGCCAUCAUAGCCACCCUCGUCGCUAAAUCCGGUCCUCCUCCCGCCCCGGCUCCACUCCCGAUGCCGACGCCCAAAUUUACCACGAGCUCCUCAAAAACGCGCGCACCGAUAAAGCUGACACCCGUCGCCAUUAAGGACACGGAUUCGAAAGCCGGGCUAGAUUCUGAUUUUGCCAAAGUGUACCGGAGGACUCAGUCGGAAAAGUUGAAGGAAGAGUGUCCGGAGCGGACGCAACAGAAACUCCGGCGAUCGGAGACGGAGAAGAAGCACAUGGAAAAUGGGCGGGAGAGUAUGUAUCCUCAGGAUAACCUGAGCAAUGAAGAGUUCCAGCGCACCAUAGAGGCAUUCAUUGCCAAGCAAAUGAGAUUUCUGAGGGAAGAAUCGCUGGCCAUUGUUAUUCAGAACCAGAGCUAAAUGGGUGCCUACAAUUAAUUAGUGAUAGAAACUAGAAACUGAGAAUGAGAAUGAAGAGUUCGAAAUCUAGAUAUCUGGUGUACUUGCUUUCCUUUUCCCUUUCACUCUUUUCCUGGGGUAAGACAGACAAUUACUCCUCCAUCUUAAUGCCUUCCACCUAUCCCCACUGCAUCGUACACUGUUAAUUUCUCGAUCUAAUUGAAUA